AUGGAUGAAGAGAAUGUACUGCGAAAGAGCGAAAAGAAGAAGCACAAAAGAAACAAGGACAUAGAGGCUUUAAGUGCCUCAGAAGUACCUACAGAGGAGAAGAAGAAGAAGCACAAGAGAAACAAGGAAAUAGAGGCUUUGAGCUCUUCAGAAGUACCUACAGAGGAGAAGAAUAAGAAGAAGAAGCACAGGAAAAGUGAGGAAAAAGAGUCUUUAAGUACCCCAGAAGUACCUACAGAGAAGAAAAAGAAGAAGAAGCACGAGAGAAACAAGGAGAUAGAGGCUUUAAGUACCUCAGAAGUACCCACAGAUGUGGGAGGUGAGAAGGGGUCUGAGGAGAAAGAAGAAUCUGCAACUGAUGAAGCGGCUUCUGAAGGGAAGGAUCACAUUGAUGUGAGCGGUGAGGAAAAUAAUGAGCAUGUGAAGAAGGGGAAGGGUAAAAAAAAUAAAAGAAAGAAUGAAAAUGGAGGUGAUUAUGGAGAAAGCUGCAUUGAGAAGUCUGACGGUGAGAAGAAGAAGAAGAAAAAGAAAGGGACCAAAUCGGAUGCAAAUAUUGGAGAUGUUGAAACACAAAACAAUCUCGGAAGCACAAAUGAGCAUUUGAGGAACUCGGGUACCAAAAAAUCAUCCAAAAGAGUAAAAUUUUCUAAUCAUGUAGAAGUCUUCCCUGCAGCUGAUGACCAAGAUGAUCAGGAGGAAGACGCAGGAACUGAGUUGGUUCAAUGUAAGCGGUUUACGAGGGAAGAAGAUCAAAUAAUCAAAGAUGCUGUUCACAGGUAUAUGGAGAUACAUGAAUUGGGUGAGGACGGCUUGGAUAUGAUUCUGCACUCCGAGAAACAUCCAAAUAUAAGAGGAUGUUGGAAGGAAAUAGGGGCUGCCUUACCGUAUAGGCAUGUGAACGCAGUAUGUCAGAGAGCACAUACUUUGUUUACGAGGGAGGACCAAGAUGAUGUGGAGGAAAACCCAGGAAUGGAGCUGGUUCGAGGUAAGAGGUUCACAAAGGAAGAAGAUCAGAUACUCAGAGAUGCCGUUCAUAAGUAUAUAAAGAUACAUGAAUUGGGUGAGGACGGCGUGGAUAUGGUUCUGCACUCGGGGAAACAUCGAAAUGUAAGAGGAUGUUGGAAGGAAAUAGGCGCUUCCAUACCGUAUAGGCCUACCGAAGCAGUAUAUCAGAGAGCACAUACUUUGUUUACGAGGGAUGAAUCACGGAAGUGGACUGAGGAUGAAAAAGCGUUUGUCUUAAAGUAUUAUGAAAAGCAUGGACCAGACUGGAAAACGAUGGCCGAAGUCCUUGGAAAGAAUCGAUAUCAUGUUAAGGAUAUAUGGCGUCGGAUAUAUCGUACGGGUCUUAGAAAGGGUAAGUGGACUCAAGAGGAGUAUCAGUCCUUGUUUAAUUUAGUAAACAUGGAUUUGCGAAUGCAUGUGUGCGAGGAAAAGAAAUUAAAGCAUGGCAUGAUACGUGACAAUAUCGGUUGGAAAGCAAUUAGUAAGAGUUUAGCUACCCGGACAGAUAUGGAUUGCUGUACCAAAUGGUAUAAACAAUUAUCAUCAUCCAUGGUGAAAGAAGAAAAAUGGGCCGACGUAGACGAUUAUUGGUUGCUGGAUGAACUUCUUAGGCUGGAUGCUUGCUGUGUUGAAGAUGUUGACUGGGAUAAUCUUCUGGAGCAUAGGCCUGGAGAUAUAACUCUUAAACGUUGGAGACAGAUGGUAAAUCACAUUGGUAUACAUGGACUGCUUUCCUUCGCAGAACAAGUAGAAGUGCUCGCCAAGCGCUAUUGUCCUGAGCUACUUGAAGUCAGAGAAGCUCUUGACAGCAGACCUGUGGUUGAUUGAGGUGUGGAUGUAGGAGGUGCCGGCUCAACAGAGAAGAUGGCAGAAAGUCCAGCCCAGAACAAAAGGACUACUCUCUACAGACUAAAUUGGUGCUUAAAAACAUUUAUUUGAUUCUCAUAGUUCCAUAUGUCUGAAGUAGUUUUUAUGUACUUGGUGAGGCAAUUAAAUGUUACAUAGUUGAAACCACUGUGGUCUGACACUGAAAAACUGUCAAUAGACAAAAUUCAUCAACACCUGUAUUUCAGGUUACUUGUGAAUUAACCUUUUAUGAA